CAGGAGCACCUGUUCCCUCACUUGUGGCGCGGCAAUCAAGGCUGCUUCGGCCAGUUAUUUUCUGAGAGAAACGUCGUCGUGGGGUCGUAGCUUGCGAGGUCUGGUGGGCGCGAAUGGCUCCUCCGCAGAUGACCGGCGAGACCGGCGUGAAGACGGAGGAGGGCGGCGGGACCUGCUCCCGCCGCUUCUUCACUUGGGAAGAGGUCGGGCUGCGCACGGGUCGCAUCCAGCCUUACAACGAGCACUGGCUGGUGAUCGAUAGGAAGGUCUACGAUGUCAGCCGCUUCCACCGGCGGCACCCGGGAGGCUCCCGGGUCAUGAGGCACUACGCCGGGCAGGACGCCACGGAUGCAUUCAUGGCAUUCCACCUUGAUAAAGGGCAAGUGAGCAAGUACUUGAAGCCAUUGCUGAUUGGGGAGCUGGCACCAGAUCAACCUAACUCUGAACCCAGCAAAAAUCAACUGAUAAUAGAGGACUUCCGGAAGCUGCGAUCCACCGUGGAGAAAAUGGGACUCCUGAAACCCAACCGUCUCUUCUUCUUUCUGAUAUUCCUUCAUAUUGUGCUACUGGAUGUUGGUGCCUGGUUGACCAUCUGGUAUUUUGGAUCAUCUUUAGCGCCAUUCCUCAUAGGUGUUGCAUUAUUUACGACUGCUCAGAGCCAAAUGUCCUGGUUCCAGCAUGACUUAGGACACCUUUCUGUCUUCAGCAACUCAAAAUGGAAUCAUCUGGUACACACAGUCCUAAUGGGCCUGGUGAAAGGAAUGCCAGCCAGAUGGUGGAAUAACCUGCAUUUCCAGCACCAUGCCAAACCCAAUUGCUUUCGUAAAGAUCCUGAUCUUAACAUGCACCCCGUUGUGUUUGCAUUGGGGAAGAAACUGUCGGCAGAGCUUGGGAUGAAGAAAAAGAAGUUCAUGCCUUACAACCAUCAACACAAGUACUUCUUCAUUACAGGUCCAGGUUUGCUGCUUCCCUUCUUCCAGUUCUCUGUAUUCUACUUCUCAAUCAAGCGAAAAGAAUGGCUGGAGUUAGCAUUGAUUGUGAUCUAUAACAUCAGAGUUUGUCUAAUCUACAUACCCCUCAUGGGAUUUAAAUAUUUUAUGGCAUACUACUGGCUGUCCAGGUUUCUUGAGACCAGUUGGUUUACUUGGGUUUCACAAAUGAACCAUAUCCCAAUGCAAAUUGAUUAUGAUAAAAAUGCAGAGUGGUUGGCCAUGCAGCUCCAAGCAACCUGCAAUGUGGAUCAAUCCUUUUUCAAUGACUGGUUUACUGGCCAUUUGAACUUCCAGAUUGAACACCACCUUUUCCCCACAAUGCCUCGACACAACUUCUGGAAAGUGGCUCCCCUGGUGAAAUCCCUCUGUGCCAAGCAUAAUGUUGCCUACCAAUGCAAGCCACUGCUAACUGCCUUUGGGGACAUUUUGCAUUCUCUGAAGGAUUCAGGAGAAGCCUGGUAUGAUGCAUAUAUGCAUACAUGAGAAGUUCCUCAAGAGUAUCUGACAGAUGGAAGGCGGUUAAUAUGUUGAAGAAUUUGGGGUCUUGUGGGUGAGCUAGGCAGAUGUUAGUGAAUUUGAGGCAUUCUCAAGAUCUUUUUCUCUGUUCUGCACAAUAUUUCCUUUUGUGCAAGUUCUGUUUGUGUUGCAGAUAGGGUUAAUCUAAGUGUAAGGAAGGCACGAGAAAGGAGGCACUUCUGUUGUGCUUUGUUCAUGAGGUAUCUCACUUGUUCGUGUAAGACCGAAUUGUAAAGAGAACCUGUUCAUGCAAUUUCAGUCUUAUUAGGAAAGAAACUGCAUGCUUUCUGUUUCAGUGUGGAAGCUUCAGUUUGUAUACUGUUUGAAGUGCACAUGAAAGGUGAGGAGUAUCCAGUGGCGUAUCUGCCUGGGGACAUGGGGUCACCCAUGUCCCCAGGUGCACACUUUUUGGUCACGUGGGUGCUCCCCCUGCAUGACUAAACGGUGUGCACCACAACCACCAAGCCCGCCCCUUCCAGCCUCCAAAGUCGGACCUUUUUGAAAUCACAGAGGUGAAGGAGAGUGGGGCCUAACCCCCAACCUCCAUGCAGGCCAGGGGGUGGGGCUGGGGUAGCACCCCACACACCCCUCCAUGCAUGCAAGCUGGAGCCCCCUGCCCCUGAGCCUCACUUCCAUGCAGACAAGCCAGAGCUUUUAAAAGCCAGCUGACACGGCAGGGGGGGGGUGUGUGUGUGUGUGCCCGGAGAAGGAAUUGUCUCCAGGUGCCAUUUCCUACCCAUAUGCCUCUGGCAGUAUCCUCUCAUUCCUCCAUCACAGAAGUGCCAACUGCCACUCACAAUGUGUGAUCUGAUUGACUCUCAUUCACUGAUAAGUUGUGACAGCAGGAUGGGAAAGUAUUGUGUUUAUAUUGUUUCCAUACAUGUUUGAAACAAUUGAUCUUCAGCAAAGCCUUCUUAGGUUGUAUACCAUCUUGUGUACAUAUUUUUAUUUAUUUUGUUAAUAAGUUCCAUAAACUUCCU